CAACGCGGUUGGGGACUAGUUCGCUCAUGGCAGGGAAACAGCAGCCCCCUUAUCUGCACCUGGCAGAGCUGACCGCCUCCCAGUUCUUGGACAUCUGGAAACAUUAUGAUGCUGAUGGAAACGGCUACAUUGAAGGCAAAGAACUGGAAAGCUUCUUCCAAGAGCUAGAGAGCGCCAGGAAGGGAGCAGGAAUGGAAUCGAAAAAUGUCAACGUUGCGGAGAAGAUGCAGGAGUUCAUGCGGAAAUACGACAAGAACGCCGAUGGGAAAAUUGAAAUGUCUGAGUUGGCACAGAUUUUGCCCACAGAGGAGAACUUCCUGCUCUGUUUCCGGCAGCACGUUGGCUCCAGUGCCGAAUUCAUGGAGGCUUGGCGGAAGUAUGAUACCGAUCGCAGUGGCUACAUCGAAGCCAAUGAGCUCAAGGGAUUUCUUUCGGACUUGCUUGAAAAAGCCAACCGGCCCUACGAUGAACCAAAGCUGCAAGAAUAUACGCAGACCAUCCUGCGAAUGUUUGACUUGAAUGGGGAUGGGAAGCUCUGCCUGUCGGAGAUGUCACGACUAUUGCCUGUGCAAGAGAACUUCCUUCUUAAGUUUCAGGGAAUGAAGCUAGAUUCAGACGAAUUCAAUGCUAUCUUUGCAUUUUAUGACAAGGAUGGAAGCGGCUUCAUUGAUGAGAAUGAAUUAGAUGCUCUUCUGAAAGAUCUCUAUGAGAAAAAUAAGAAAGAAAUGGGCAUCCACCAGCUCACCAACUACAGAAAGAGCAUCAUGAAUCUGUCCGAUGGGGGGAAACUUUACCGCAAGGAACUGGAGAUCGUUCUCUGCAGCGAGCCCCCUCUGUAAAGAUGAGCCACCCCCUCCACGACUCAACCCGCCGCCCCCCGCCCUGCCACAACCAACCACAAAGGCAAAUGAAAAAGAAAAAAAGACCACAAGGAGCAACGGGAGGCCGACUGUCCAACCUGUACCUGGGCGAUCCACUCGACCCCGCAAGGCUUGGCUUGCUGAUCUGCUUGCUGACUUUGGCCACACAAUUGCUGCCGGAUGAUGGCGCCUCCUCUCCCAGAGGGGGCUCUGAUCCAAACCAUCAGUUUCCUCUUCCUGCUUGUUUUUCUCUCCGUGUUGGUUAGCAUAGUUUGUGUCCUGUACAUCCUCUGAUCUGGAGUGUAUUUUAUUUUUGCUCUUGAUUUUUAUCU